UUUCAGCCCUAUCAGUGUUUGAACGUAGCGGGAUCAAAUAGUUCAAGUGAUAAUGUAUGCCCAGGGAUGUCGCAACGAACUAGUAGUUCGCAAGGCAUGUGUCCAAACGACACAUCACGUUGUUAAUUAGUGCUAAUCAAAUAACUUAUAAUGAAGCAUGUGAUUUUUAUUGUAUUUUUGUGCUUAGUGAGUGUAUUUGGCAGAGUCGCCGAAAUUGACCACGAAGAUGAUAUUUCUAAUUUAAUACUAGACGUUAAACCAGUUAAAGCCCCACAAAGUAUUACAAACAAUACGAUUGUAGUGAAACAAAGUAGUGAUAACACAGUCAACGGCAGUUUGAUUCAUGAAAACAUAAAUGAUACUAAGAAAACGUGCGGCACACGCAAAGAUAUAGCAGAUAACCUAUUAGAUGCAAACAAAACAAGUGCUACAAGUAAUAAUGAACCUUGUGAGCCUGAAGUUAGGAUUGAUAAUGGCACAGCACUCAUAUUGACUAAGUAUAUAAAAGAAGGACGGACAAGAGAAGGGAAAAGGGCUUCGCGGGUUGAUGCGAAGCACUUCUUGGGAUUCAAGAGCUACACUGGUUUCUUCACGGUGAACGAGACGUAUAACUCGAACCUCUUUUUCUGGUACUUCCCCGUGUUGAACAAGCCUGUGAACACCACGCCAUGGGUCGUUUGGCUGCAAGGAGGCCCGGGAGCGUCCAGUAUGACUGGCCUGUUUGACGAGAUUGGACCUUUCACAGUAGUGAAUGAGACUUUGAAACGAAACCCGUACACAUGGCUACACAAUCACUCGUUGCUGUUCAUCGACAACCCCGUCGGCACAGGCUACAGCUUCACCAACCACGUCGAUGGAUAUGCUAAGAAUAUGGCUACGUACGCCGAACACCUCUAUUCGACUCUGAAGCAGUUCCUGCAAAUAUUCCCUGAGCUGAGAACAGCACCGCUAUACUUGGCGGGAGAAUCGUACGCGGGCAAGUAUGUGCCGGCCAUGGCCAUGGAGAUACACAAGCAUAAGGAUACUCCAGGGGCUGAUAUUAAUUUAGAGGGUCUGAUAAUCGGCAACGCAUACGUGGACCCUGACAUGAUAUCCCACAUCGCGUGGCCGUUCUACUACUUCGGCUUGCUGGAGAAGGAGCAGAUACAAACAGUGAAGCCUUUGAUAGACUCCUUCCAGGAGCAGAUUAAGGCUAACAACAGUAUUGAAGCUAAAAACAAAUGGAACAGCCUCGUCACCGUACUACUCUUCAUCACGAACCAGAAGCACGCCUAUAAUUUCUUGAGGGACGACAUACCCGUUGGCAGAUAUACAAAUUUCCUGAAGUCUUCAGAAGUCAAGAAGGCCAUACAUGUUGGAGACAUUAAAUUUGCGUGGGUCAAUAUGACCGUCAACGCGUAUUUGGCUCCAGACUUCCUGAGUACGACCAAACCGAUGUUUGAAACGUUGCUAGAGCAUUACAAAGUUAUGGCAUAUUGCGGACAGCUAGACCAGAUGCUGCCCUGCGUGUUUACUUCUGAAAAUUAUCGCACGUGGAAGUGGAACGGUGCUGAAGAAUUCUUGAACGCCACCAGAUUCCCAUACAUCUUCAAUAACAAACUUGCAGGCUACCACAAGACCGGUGGUCAUCUCACAGAAGUAGUCCUCCGUGGUGCAGGCCACAUGGCCCCCUUAGACAAGCCCGCUCCCACGCAGAACUUAGUGGCCCGCUGGACACAAGGCUUGCCGCUCAGCAAACGAUUCGGCAUGUUUGAACGGUCCUUCAUACAGGAGAUUAUUAAGAACAGCUCUGCAAUACAUUACCUCUGAUUGUUUGAAUAAACGAAUUUAUUUAAA